AUGUCCCGCGAUGGAGGGGGACGCCAAGCCCUUAUCGCCCGCGAUAAGGGUAUUAUGUCACUCAUGAGCUUGGAGAAUCUUAGAAUCCGCUGGAACAAAGCGACGAAAAAGCUACAAAGAACAGCGCAAACACCUUUCCUCAAAUCCCAAUCCCUCAACGCCAAAACUCAAGCUGCAGCUCAAGCUGGCAAACCACCCACAAUGUUCUCCGUCGUCAUUCCAGGCCGUCCCUGCCAAACGGACAUCGUCGCAAUAGACCCCCAACCAAACGGGCAAGCCACCAAAUUCGCAUUCACAAUCCCAAUGAGCCCCCCAUUCAAUGAAAUAGUCAUCUUCUUCCUCCCAGGCACAGUCCUACCACCAAACACCGGCGCCGCAAUCUACGCCCAACUCCCCGACCCAGCAACCGGCUCCCCCACCGAUUUCCGCUUCAUCGGCGCAUUAGCAAAUGAGAAGCCUUCUGGUAUAUUCAAAGUCCAGUCGUCACCAGCCAGCAAGAAUCCCAAUGCUCGCUCUGAAGAUGAAGAAGAAGAUGAAAUGCUCGAUGAGGGCGGUACCGUGACUGGUGUCAUGACACUCGGUAUCUCAAUUGAGCCAGUACAAAAUAUUGCGCCGCAGCUUGCGGCGCUGGAGAAUGAGUCUGCGGUUGGUUCGGCGCAGAAGCAGAUCUCUACUAAGGUGCUUGCGCAGCGGAUUAUUGGGAGUGCGUUUAAUUUCCUUGCGAGCUUUGCGGAGUCGGAUAAGGGACGGGAUGUUGUGCCCUUGAAGAGCUUCCGGGAUUGGUGGACUAAGUUUGAGAGGCGGAUUGAGAUGGAUCCUUCCUUUUUGGAGAAGGCUGAUCCUAAUGAGACUUGA